AUGUCUACCUCCACCUCCGCCAUCAAGCUGCGCCGCAAGAAGAAUGUGAAGAAGGGAAUCCAGUUUUGCCUGAUGGUCUGCGGUGCCUCAGGUACUGGCCGCACCACCUUCGUCAACACUCUCUGCGGCAGGCAGGUCCUGACACCACUUGACUCCGAUGACCCGACGAUCGCGCACCUCGAGGAAGGCGUCAAGAUCAAGCCAGUGACGGUUGAGUUGGAGCUUGAUGAGGAAGGUACACGAGUGUCAUUGACCAUCGUUGAUACCCCUGGCUUUGGCGAUAGCAUCGACAAUGAGGCCUCCUUCAGCGAGAUCUCCAGCUAUCUCGAGCGACAAUACGACGACAUUUUGGCCGAGGAGAGCAGGAUCAAGCGUAACCCGCGGUUCCGUGACAACAGAGUUCACGUGCUUCUCUAUUUCGUCCAGCCGACUGGUCACGGCCUCCGAGAACUUGACAUCGAGUUGAUGCGCCGCCUCAGUCCUCGUGUCAACGUUAUUCCCGUCAUUGGCAAGGCUGACUCCCUCACUCCGCUCGAACUCGCUGAGAGCAAGAAGCUCAUCAUGGAGGACAUUGAGCACUACCGCAUCCCAGUCUACAACUUUCCUUACGAUAUUGAAGAGGACGACGAGGACACUGUUGAGGAGAAUGCCGAGCUUCGCGGUCUGAUGCCAUUCGCUAUCGUCGGAUCUGAAGAGGUCAUCGAGAUUGACGGCAAGCGCGUCCGAGCCCGCCAGUACCCAUGGGGUGUUGUUGAGGUCGAGAACCCCAGACAUUCCGACUUCCUCGCCAUCCGCUCCGCCCUCCUCCACUCUCAUCUUGCAGAUCUCAAGGAAAUCACCCACGACUUCCUCUACGAAAACUACCGUACCGAGAAGCUUAGUAAGAGUGUUGCUAGUGCUAACGAGGCCGCGGGUAUCAGCACGGAAAGCGACAGCCUAGACCCACAAUCGCUGGCUUCGCAGUCGGUGCGCCUGAAGGAGGAGCAACUGCGUCGCGAGGAAGAGAAGCUCCGCGAGAUCGAGCUCAAGGUGCAGCGCGAGAUCAACGAGAAGAGACAGGAGCUUUUGGCUCGCGAGUCGCAACUCAAGGAGCUCGAAAGCCGCAUGGGUCGCGAACAGACACCAAUGGGUUUUCAUCACACUCUGAACGAGGACGAUGAGACUGAUGCUGGUGCCUCCCACCCAUAGAAGGGUGAGAAUUCGUGGCACAAGAACCAAGAGCAUCUGUACGAGCGCAAGCAUGUCACAGUUCCAAAUUAGAGACCGGCCCGCAUGCGAUAUUACAAGUCCUACAGCGACAGCAGCUUCAAGACAAUAUUGCGAAUGGAAUGAGGUGUAUUGCGAAGGAGAUACCACUUUGUGAGAGAGAAGAUAGCGAGUUCCUUUGUACUUUUGAGCGUGACAAGCGGGUAUGAGGAGCAGCGAAGUGAAAGCAGCAGCAAAUACCCAGUCUGUACCUACUUCUAUCUAGUUUGUAUGUCGUAUUGCAAGUGGUAAUAUUGGUU